UGCAGUUUGUUCGUGAGGGAUCUGUGGACAUGCCUAUCAUCGCGGAGGCAGACACAGAAGAUCGAAGCAAGGGCGAUUUACUAUCCAAAUUGGUCGCCAUUCUUCAGCUGGUGUGGCUCAUCAUCCAGUUCAUCGCCCGCUACGUUCAGAACCUCCCAGUAACACCGCUUGAGCUUGAUACCCUGGGACGUCCUCAUAUUGUUCAUUGGAACUCGGGGGCAACUACUCCUCCACCGCAUGACAGCUUAGCCAACAACAAAAAAUAUAGGGUACUAUUAAUCCUUCGGUCUCUCCUAUCUGACCAGUCUAGUAGUCUGGCUCGGAAAAAGGUUAUAAUCACCAUUAUUGGAGGCAUCAGUGGAAUGCUGUUUGGAGGGAUACAUUGUCUGGACUGGAAUUUCGUGUUUCCAAGACCCAUAGAGCAGACACUGUGGCGUAUGGCCUCCAUUUGGAUAGCAUAUUCAUUUGGAGUGUUUUUGUUGUCCUAUUUUCAGGAAUGGCCUGUCGAUACGCUUUAAGCAGCUAGUAUAAUGUCUCAGAGAUGGGGAAUCAUUGUCAUCAUAAUGACCUGCUACAUUUCCGCACGUCUUAUUAUAAUUGUACUUAUGAUGCUCAGCUUACGAUUGCUGCCUUCUGGCGCAUAUGAUACAGUAGCUUGGAUCCGGUUCAUUCCAGAUUUGUAGUUUUAUUACAGUCGCUGUAACAGAGUAAUAUGGUGACUUGCCUGUGUCUUCAUCGAUCGCUGUUGAAAU